GCCGGCUCCCGGCGCAAGAAGGAAGCGUUCGCGGUGAUCCCGGAGGCUGCGCUGGGCUAUGCGGUACUGCCUAGCGUGGCUGCUGCACACUCCACUGCCCAGGACCUUCCGCUCUGUCCUCAGGGCCCACCUGCCGCUCCCGGAGCGCCUCUGUAGUUUCCAAAAAAAGACUUACAGCAAAAUGAAUAAUCCGGCUAUCAAGAGAAUAGGCAAUCACAUCACAAAAUCUCCUGAAGACAAGCGAGAAUACCGCGGGCUAGAGCUGGCCAAUGGCAUCAAAGUACUUCUCAUCAGCGAUCCCACCACAGAUAAGUCAUCAGCAGCACUUGAUGUACACAUAGGUUCGUUGUCGGAUCCUCCAAAUAUUGCUGGCUUAAGUCAUUUUUGUGAACAUAUGCUAUUUUUGGGAACAAAGAAAUACCCUAAAGAAAAUGAAUACAGCCAGUUUCUCAGUGAGCAUGCAGGAAGUUCAAAUGCUUUUACUAGUGGAGAGCAUACCAAUUACUAUUUUGAUGUUUCCCAUGAACACCUAGAAGGUGCCCUGGACAGAUUUGCACAGUUUUUCCUGUGCCCCUUGUUUGAUGAGAGUUGCAAAGACAGAGAGGUGAAUGCAGUUGAUUCAGAACACGAGAAGAAUGUGAUGAACGAUGCCUGGAGGCUCUUUCAGUUGGAAAAAGCUACAGGGAAUCCCAAACAUCCCUUCAGCAAAUUUGGAACAGGUAACAAAUAUACUCUAGAGACUAGACCAAACCAAGAAGGCAUCGAUGUAAGGCAAGAACUACUGAAAUUCCAUUCUACUUAUUAUUCGUCCAACUUAAUGGCUAUUUGUGUUUUGGGUCGAGAAUCCUUAGAUGACUUGACUAAUUUGGUGGUAAAGUUAUUUUCUGAAGUAGAGAACAAAAACGUCCCAUUGCCAGAAUUUCCCGAACACCCUUUCCAAGAUGAGCAUCUUAAACAACUUUACAAAGUAGUACCCAUUAAGGAUAUUAGAAAUCUCUAUGUGACAUUUCCCAUACCUGAUCUUCAGAAAUACUACAAAUCAAAUCCUGGCCAUUAUCUUGGUCAUCUCAUUGGGCAUGAAGGUCCUGGAAGUCUGUUAUCAGAACUUAAAUCAAAGGGCUGGGUAAAUACUCUUGUUGGUGGGCAGAAGGAAGGAGCCCGAGGUUUUAUGUUUUUUAUCAUUAAUGUGGACUUGACUGAGGAAGGAUUAUUACAUGUUGAAGAUAUAAUUUUGCACAUGUUUCAAUACAUUCAGAAGUUACGUGCGGAAGGACCUCAAGAAUGGGUUUUCCAAGAGUGCAAGGACUUGAAUGCUGUUGCUUUUAGAUUUAAAGAUAAGGAAAGGCCACGGGGCUAUACAUCUAAGAUUGCAGGAAUAUUGCAUUAUUAUCCCCUAGAAGAAGUGCUCACAGCUGAAUAUUUGCUGGAAGAAUUUAGACCUGAUUUAAUAGAGAUGGUUCUCGAUAAGCUCAGACCAGAAAAUGUUCGGGUUGCAAUAGUUUCCAAAUCUUUUGAAGGAAAAACUGAUUGCACAGAAGAGUGGUAUGGAACCCAGUACAAACAAGAAGCCAUAUCAGAUGAAGUCAUUAAGAAAUGGCAAAAUGCCGACCUGAACGGAAAAUUUAAACUUCCAACAAAGAAUGAAUUUAUUCCCACAAAUUUUGAGAUUUUACCAUUAGAAAAAGAAGCAACACCAUACCCUGCUCUUAUUAAGGACACAGCUAUGAGCAAACUCUGGUUCAAACAAGAUGAUAAGUUUUUCUUGCCAAAGGCUUGUCUCAACUUUGAGUUUUUCAGUCGCUACAUUUAUGCUGAUCCUCUCCAUUGCAACAUGACAUACCUGUUUAUCAGGUUAUUGAAGGAUGAUUUAAAAGAGUAUACAUAUGCAGCACGCCUCUCAGGUUUGAGCUAUGGCGUUGCAUCAGGAAUGAAUGCAAUACUUCUUUCAGUGAAAGGUUACAAUGACAAACAACCAAUUUUGCUAAAGAAGAUUAUUGAGAAAAUGGCUACCUUUGAGAUUGAUGAAAAAAGAUUUGAAAUUAUCAAAGAAGCAUAUAUGCGAUCUCUUAACAAUUUUCGGGCUGAGCAGCCUCACCAGCAUGCCAUGUACUACCUCCGCUUGCUGAUGACCGAAGUAGCCUGGACUAAAGACGAGUUAAAAGAAGCCCUGGAUGAUGUUACCCUCCCUCGCCUUAAGGCAUUCAUACCUCAGCUUCUGUCCCGGUUGCACAUUGAAGCCCUUCUCCAUGGAAACAUAACAAAGCAGGCUGCCUUAGGAAUUAUGCAAAUGGUUGAAGACACUCUUAUUGAACAUGCUCAUACCAAACCUCUUCUUCCAAGUCAGCUGGUUCGAUAUAGAGAAGUUCAACUCCCUGACAGAGGAUGGUUUGUUUAUCAGCAGAGGAAUGAAAUUCACAACAACUGUGGUAUCGAGAUAUAUUAUCAGACAGACAUGCAGAGCACCUCAGAGAACAUGUUUCUGGAGCUUUUCUGUCAGAUCAUCUCUGAGCCUUGUUUCAACACCCUGCGCACCAAGGAGCAGCUGGGUUAUAUCGUCUUCAGUGGACCACGUCGAGCCAAUGGCAUACAGGGCUUGCGAUUCAUCAUCCAGUCAGAAAAGCCACCUCACUACCUAGAAAGCAGAGUGGAAGCUUUCUUAAUUACCAUGGAAAAGUCCAUAGAGGACAUGACAGAAGAGGCCUUCCAAAAACAUAUUCAAGCAUUAGCAAUUCGUCGACUAGACAAACCAAAGAAACUGUCUGCAGAAUGUGCUAAAUAUUGGGGGGAAAUCAUCUCCCAGCAAUACAAUUUUGAUAGAGAUAAUACAGAAGUUGCGUAUUUAAAGACACUUACCAAGGAAGAUAUCAUCAGAUUCUACAAGGAAAUGUUGGCAGUAGAUGCCCCGAGGAGACACAAGGUAUCCGUCCAUGUUCUUGCCAGGGAAAUGGAUUCUUGUCCUGUUGUUGGAGAGUUCCCGUGUCAAAAUGAUGUAAAUUUGUCACAAGCACCAGCCUUGCCACAGCCUGAAGUGAUUCAAAACAUGACCGAGUUCAAGCGUGGUUUACCACUAUUUCCCCUUGUGAAAUCACAUAUCAACUUCAUGGCAGCAAAACUCUGAAGAUUCGCCACCAGUGAAAAAGUGCAAGUGGAUGCAUUCCUGAGUCUUCCAAGGCCUAGGAAACCAGUCUUGGCUACUUUAGUAGUUUCUGGUUCUUCGAGAGACAAACAGAAAAAAAGUUGUCAAAUGUCAUUAUGUAGAAAUGUUAAAAAUCCAAAGUAAUUAAAUUACAAAAUCUUGUAGAAUAUUUUUAAAAUACAUGCCUCUUAAAUAUUUAAAAAUCUUUCUUUUCAUUAUUAAAAGACAUUUCCCUUAUAUAACAAUGCUUAAAAUGAUGAGUGAUACUUCCGUAGAAUCUUCCUUCCCUAUUCUGUAAAAUAGUCACUUGUCAGAAGAAAAGUAAAGGUAGAUUUUUUUAAAAGCCUCGUAGGUUGACCGAGAAGGCUUUAAAACAUUAGAAAGGUAAUACCUUUUAAAAAAUUGAUCUUAAGAUUUGCUUUCCAUUUGAAGAUUUCGUGUAAAUCAGUGGAGAAUAUUACAUUUGGCAGGUAAUGAACAAAGCAACGUAAUCUUCUAUUAGCAAAAUUGCUGAUUAUAGAAGGCAUGGUUUUAAUCUUUUUAUAAAAUUUAAACAUGUUUUAUAUAUAAACUAGUAAAAUGCUGGAAAAACCUAGAACGUCCUACUUAGAGUGCUAGAAAUACUUACAUCAAUUUUGUCCCAAACUGAAUUUCUCAGGAUUACUGUGGUGUGUUUCUUUCUGAUUGAAUUAUAUUAACAUUCUUGUAUUCAUAGUUGGUUUGCAGUGUUCCAUCAGUUUUACUUUUUCCCAUCAACAUGUUGCUGUAUUUAUUUGACAAGUACAAAUAGGGUCACCUUCAGAUCCUACUGAGUGUGUGACAUGCUUUUCCAAUAUCAGCUGUGAUUAACACCCUUAACUUUUUACUUCCAUGAAAUUGCAGUCCAUCUGUGAACUAAAAUGUUUUGCCUCAUUGUGAAUUUAAAAGGCAACAAGUACAAAGCCAUCUUUUUGGAGGUAUAAAAAAUAAAACCUGGGAUUCCUAAAUAGCAUGCUUUCCAAAAGACUCCAAAAUCUCUUGAAAUCCUGUGUUGCUACCAGUCUAAUCUUGCCUUAAGUGUUAACGUUAUUUUUUGAAAAUAUAAGCAUACAAACACAGAGGAUGACUGGCGUGAACUUUUAAAAAAUUUGUUUUCCAUGAGAUUCUAUUUCAGAUGAAAUUGUCGCUAUAGAUUUAACAACUAUUUUAAAAUAUUUACAGUUAUUAAAACUUGCUUCAGGAGAAAUUGUGAAUCUGCUUCCACAUACAGGCACUCAUAACAGUCAGCGGCCCUGCUGUCCACUAACUCAGGCAAAGUAAAGAAUGGCAUUUUCAAAUGACAUUUUACCUCCAUCUGAAUUGAUUUGCCAGAACUUCUUUCUAUAGAGUCGUAUUUUUUCACAUCUUAAGUUUUUACAUCUGUCAUUUUCCAAAUCAUCUAAAUUUGGGGCAAGAAUGAUAUAGUCACAACUGCGGAGGCUGCUCUUGAAAGCGGGGCUCCAUUUCUACUGUCAGAUCAAUGUGGUGCUGUAACUGUCUUUUUACCCAUAUUUUCAAGAGCCUCCUUGUAUGAAGCCUGUCUUUAUUCAUCAGAGGGUGUGAGUCAUCACUUCCUUCUGGUUUUAUGCAUUUGUAGACUAUGCAGCUUUUCAUCAAACUGCAAAUAUAUAUAAGAGAACUCUAAAAUUAGUCCUGAGUGUUUUAAAUCUACCACUUGUAAGAAGAAAUAAAAACUCACCUACCUUUUCUGUGGAAAAUUAUGUGCUGAGUAACUUUUAGCUUAUUUUUUAAUGGGCCAAAUUUAACAAUGUCAUUUUUAUGAGAAAGGCACUUGAGAUCUGAAAGGCAUCUCAUGUAGUCUUCCAGGAACCUCUGAUUGUGUUCAGCCUGCUCCAGCAUUUUCCAGUGUCCAAAUUGGAUCUAGAGCUGCCUUUGGAUCACUCAGGCAUACUAAUGGAUUCAUUUUAAAGGGUCCAAGCUGCAGUCCAUGAGCAAUAACAGACUACCCCCGGUACUGCUGUUUACUCAGUGCUCGGUAAAUGAGAUUUGUGAGACAAACUAAGUUAUUCGUUACCUAUGACUUUUUAAAAAAGUCUUCUUUUUGACUAGUUGAUGUGGAAGAGAGCAUGUGACACAGCCAGUAUGGUGGAGUGCUUGGGUUAUCCUGUUUACAAUAAAUGGCCUGAAUUUAA